AUGGCACUCAAUCCGCAAUACGAUGCUAUAGGAAAAGGUUUUGUACAGCAAUAUUACACUUUGUUUGACGAUCCGGCACAACGAGCAAACCUGGCUAAUAUGUACAAUGUUGAAUCAUCAUUUAUGACUUUUGAAGGUGUCCAACUUCAAGGUGCUGUUAAAAUAAUGGAGAAGUUGAAUGCUUUAACCUUUCAAAAAAUUGGUAGAAUAAUAACAUCUGUAGAUUCACAACCAAUGUUUGAUGGUGGUGUUUUAAUUAAUGUGCUCGGCAGAUUGCAGACAGAUGACGAUGCUCCUCAUGGAUAUUUCCAAACAUUUGUAUUGAAGCCAAUAGGAAAUUCUUUUUAUGUUGAACAUGAUAUGUUCAGACUGGCUCUUCACAAUUGUGAUGAUGACCCACCCCACCCAUAUGUGCAAACAUUUGUCUUAAAGCCACUUGGGGACUCAUUCUUUGUUCAGCAUGAUUUAUUCCGUCUCGGUAUCCAUGACAUUGCUUAA